CGUGAUUGGUCCGAUAGCUAUCUAUCAUCCUAGAUUUGGUUCCCGUCUCGUUAAGGUCUGGCCGGACUGAACUCUCAAGUCCACUAUGUGUGUAUUGGCAGGUGGUUGUACUCCUUCGAUAUUCUAUUAUUAUCUGGAGAAUAAGUUUAUCUACUUUGUCUAUUUAAGUAGUCUAUGAAAUAAACAAAGGCAUUAUAUACUCAACACGGCCAUUUAAUCACCCGUUCGGUUUUCUGUCCUAAUCACACGACUUCUCGUCGUCGACAAGAUGUCGUGGGCACCCUCCUACUCGUGGACGGGUGCGCCCGCCGAGUUCAAUGGCACAAAUGCCGAGACUGGCGGAGAUUCCAGUACCGAGAACUUAAACCAAUGGUAUCAAUCCGGUGAUCAGGCCUUCAUCCUCGUCGCGGCAUGCAUGGUUUUGCUCAUGAUUCCCGGAAUCGCCUUUCUCUAUUCCGGCCUCUCCCGAAGAAAGUCGGCCCUCUCUCUCAUCUGGGUCGUCAUGAUGUCUUUCAGUGUCAUCAUCUUCCAGUGGUACUUUUGGGGUUAUUCGUUGGCUUUUAGCACCACAGCGACCAAUGGAUUCAUCGGCGACCUCCACCAUUUCGGUCUCAUGAACACCCUCGCAUUGCCCUCUCCUGGCUCUCCGCUUAUUCCCGAAUUACUUUACUCAUUCUACCAGAUGAUGUUCUGCGCAGUAACGGCAGCUCUUGUCAUUGGCGCGGUCGCCGAACGAGGUCGCAUGCUUCCCGCCAUGGUUUUCACCUUUUUCUGGGCCACUCUCGUCUACUGUCCUCUCGCUUGCUGGGUCUGGAACGUGAAUGGCUGGGCUUUCAACUACGGUGUUCUUGAUUAUGCUGGUGGCGGUCCCGUCGAGAUUGGUUCCGGUCUUUCCGCCCUCGCGUAUUCGUGGGUUCUCGGCCGACGCCACGAGAAGAUGAUGCUGAACUUCCGACCCCACAACGUCUCCCUCGUCACGCUCGGCACUGUUUUCCUGUGGUUCGGCUGGCUCGGUUUCAAUGGCGGCUCUGCAUUCGGUGCUAACUUGAGGGCUACCAUGGCAUGCUGGAACUCCUGCCUUACUGCUAUUUUCGCCUCCAUGACUUGGUGUCUGCUCGAUUUCCGCUUGGCGAGGAAGUGGUCCAUGGUUGGAUGGUGUUCUGGUGUUAUUUCUGGACUUGUUGCUGCUACCCCUGCGUCUGGGUUUAUCCCUCCUUGGGCCUCCAUCAUCCUUGGUGUUGUCACUGGCGUCUGCUGCAAUUUUGGCACAAAGAUCAAGUUCCUCGUUAGAAUCGACGACUCGCUCGAUGUGUUUGCUGAGCACGGCAUUGGCGGCAUCGUCGGACUCAUCUUCAACGCUCUAUUCGGAGCGAACUACAUUAUCGGCCUCGACGGCGUCAACAACGGCGUCUUCCCUGGCGGCUGGAUCGACCAUCACUGGGCACAGCUGUACAUCCAGAUCGCUUACAUCGUGGCCGCCUGUGCCUACAGCUUCGUUAUGUCGGCUAUCAUCGCCAAGAUCAUCGACAUGAUUCCGGGGUUGCACCUACGGGCGACUGAGGAGGCAGAGCUCCUCGGCAUGGACGAUGAUCAGCUCGGCGAGUUCGCGUACGACUAUGUCGAGGUGCGCCGCGACUUCCUCGCCUGGACCCCCGCCAAGGAAGAGCCUACCGCUGGCGGCCAUCGCUUCAUCCCCCAGCAUGGCAUCGAGGAGCACCAGAACAUGGCCAACACUAACGGCCAAGCCAUUGAGCGCGAGCUCGAAAAGGCGGGCGCCUCCGCUAGAGCACCUGCUAAGGAACAAGCUGUCGAGGCCGACGUGGAUGAGAAGAAUGAGAAGACUACACAAGGGAGCGGGGCAAGCCAGUGAUUUGUCGAAAUACUGCAUCUACUUAUCCACGUGACCUGCGUUGUACUCUUUCAUCCUUUCUUAUUUCCCCCUCGUUGGCUAUUUUGUUGAUAUAUACUGCGUGCGUGCGUCUCUCUAUGUGUCUGUACAUGUACAUAUUGAAUACCCAUCAGCCUUUUCCUCCUUCACAUUUUUUCUAUAUAUAAAAAACACUAUGGGGAGUUGGGCCAAAAAUCGGGUUCAGGGUGGCUGGUUUGGUUAGGGUAUUUUUGAAGAAAAAAUAGUUGCCCCCUUCCUUUUUUUCUUGGGGGUGGGAGUGGGAGCAUGGUGCAUGAGGCGUUUUAUUUCGUUUUUUUGUUGGGUGGAGGGGCUUUUAUAGAGGAGAGAAGCUCGGCUUGGGCUGAUGAAAGUAAAGGGGGGGAAGGGGGGAUAGGGGUUGUUGUGUAAAAGACUUGGGAGAUACCUACCUACCUAUACCAGCAAUAAAGAUCCAUCUAACGCAUCUUGUAUGGUUUGUUACGAGUGCCUACCUUAGGUACCUACCUAUGUGUGUAUCUGCUCGCCUGUCUUGAGUCUUGAGCCUGGGCUACUAGAUACCUAGGUAC